AUGAGGUCGCUCCGCGCGGCGCAGUCCCUCGCCUCCCGCUCGCGCCUCCUCUCCGCGCGCGCGCUCCACGGCGCCACCGCCGCCUCCUACCCCGCCGCCGCCGCCGCGGGGGGCAGCCGCUGGGGCAACCCCCACCCCCCGCCGCCGUCGCCGACGCCGUCGUCGCGGGCGCUGCAGGGCGGGAUCGCCGGCGCGGUAUCCUUCUCCCUGACCUUCGCCACCGUGGCGGCCGCCGAGGUGCAGGCCAAGGAGCGGCUGCCCGCGGAUCUGCUGCCGCAGAACGUCGUGCUCUACCAGUACCAGGCCUGCCCCUUCUGCAACAAGGUCAGAGCUUUUCUAGACUAUCAUGACAUACCCUACAAAGUUGUGGAAGUUAAUCCACUGAGUAAAAAGGAAAUCAAGUGGUCUGAAUACAAGAAGGUCCCAAUAUUGACGGUAGAUGGUGAAAAUCUGGUAGAUUCAUCAGACAUAAUCAAUAAAUUACAGCGCAAGAUAAGCCCUGAUGUUGAGUCCACUGGUGAAGAAGAAACAAAAUGGCGCAGGUGGGUUGACGAGCACCUGGUGCAUGUAUUGUCACCAAAUAUAUACCGCACGACUUCAGAGGCUUUAGAGUCUUUUGAUUAUAUUGCAAACAAUGGCAACUUCAGUUUUACCGAGCGGUUUGCUGUGAAGUAUGCUGGUGCUGCAGCAAUGUACUUUGUGUCCAAGAAGCUUAAGAAGAAGUACAACAUUACAGAUGAGCGUGCUUCACUGUAUGAUGCUGCCAACACAUGGACGGAAGCCCUGAAUGGAAGAAACUUUCUUGGUGGCGCCAAGCCGAACUUGGCUGAUCUUGCAGUAUUUGGUGUUCUGAGACCGAUCCGCUACUUGAGAUCUGGAAAGGAUAUGGUUGAGCACACUCAAAUUGGUGAGUGGUACCAACGGAUGGAAGAUGCGGUUGGAGAACCAUCAAGAAUCGAGGAGGGCCGGGAGUAGAAGAAAACCACCACCAGUAGUAGAUUUUUCUUUUUCCUCGUUCAAGUCCUUGGAAUUGCUGGAAUGGAAUACAUGUCUUUCCUAGACACUAUUCAAAUUUUGCCACAUUUUAGUAGUAUAUGCAAUAAUGCUGCCGCAUAUACAAGGUUAAUACGCAGUUUGACACGUACUCCAAACUUCUGUUUGACUCUUUGGAGUGGAUGGUUUUGAAGAUGGCAUUGGCCUCUUGUUAUCA